AUGCAAAGGAGCAAGAAUUGGGUGGAUGAAGAUACUGACAUAAAAGAAUAUGUCUAUUCGCUCGAGAAUGUCGACUUGACCAAGGAGGUUACCGGGCUCAAGGUUAAUAAGAUGGGUGGCCUGGCAGAGAGUUAUGAGGACGAAGAGGAGAAGGAGCGGUUAAAGGCAGAAGAGGAAGCCCGACUCAGGAAGGAGGAUAUCUGCAAGUGCAAGGAAAAGUUCAAGUCUAUCUUUUGUAAGGCUAAAGAGCAGAGUAUAGAGGACGUCCGCUGUCUCGAGGGGGAAUUAAAGAACUUGAAGAGGAAGUAUACUAUUUACAAGGGCGACGAGCUGCAGGAGAUUAAUAAGGAGGAGUUCUUGGAGAAGAAUAAGAAAGCUCGUUUGCUUUUAACUAGCGAACUUGUUAUCAAGAAUGAGAAUACCGAGGAGGCUUAG